AUGAUGAGCAACAAGGCCCUCACACUCGGCGCGGUCGUCGUCCUCGCCUUCGCCAUGGCGGGCGCGCACGCCGAGCAGUGCGGCCACGCGGCCGACGGCAUGGAGUGCCCCAACAACCUCUGCUGCAGCGCGUGGGGGUACUGCGGCAUGGACGCCAACUACUGCGGCGAUGGCUGCCAGAGCGGCGCCUGCUACGAGCCCAAACGCUGCGGCGCCCAGGCCGGGGCGAACGCGGUGACGUGCCCCAACAACCACUGCUGCAGCGGCGACGGGUUCUGCGGCUACGGCCAGGAGUACUGCGGCGCCGGCUGCCAGAACGGGCCCUGCCGCGCCAACAUCAAGUGCAGCGCCGACAAGCCGUGCCUGAGCAACUUCUGCUGCAGCCAGUACGGAUACUGCGGGCUCGGCGUCGAGUUCUGCGGCCAGGGCUGCCAGAGCGGCGCCUGCCAUGACGCCGUUGGUGCCGCCGCCCUGCCGCUCAGCUCCAUAGUGCAGGGGUGA